AUGGCCACGCGGACGGCCGAUUCACCCCCUGCAACAGCUUCUUCGACGGCCCUAAGAUCCAGGGCCGUGUCGUCUCUUGCCGUUGUUUUCUUCCUCGAGGCGAACUGUUUCUGUUUCGCCGUCACCGAGAACUUCACGAACAUGGACUUCAGCCAGAUAUCUUGUACUCUUACCAAUGAUACUGGCUUCAGUGACUUCCUGUUCGCAGAAAACGCAAUUGUGUCCACGAAUGGGGACGCGCCCAGUCGUCUGUGGAACGACGCCGGUAUCUCCUGGGCUGGCAGCCCGGAUCUUCAGGACUAUGUCCUGACUAUUGAUGCUGAGGAUUUGGGAUACAAUGGGAUGGGUAGAGUGCUGACUGGCGGCUUCGGCAGAUCGCCCCGCCGCAUCUAUCCUUGUAGCCCCAAGCGCGGCAACGUUUCCCUGCUUCGCGGCGUCGGCUGGGCUAGUUUCACCCUUGAUGCUGAAUCCACUGUGAACCUGACCGUGUAUGGCUCCGAGUUGAGCUUCGUAGGAUACCACGACAAGGACUGGGGCGCCCACCGACUUUUAUGGAAAACUUCGGCAGCUGGCAUUGAGGCCACGCUCGCAUGGGGCCUUAUCCCCUCGUCUGGCUCGAUGCCCUCGAUCCCAACUACAACGAAUAAGCCACUGGCUACGUCGCCUACCAGGAACAGAUUCUGGUUGCUGUGUGGUAACAUGAAGGUCCGCCCAACCGGUGACAACGCGACCUUCCCCCCUAUGUCCGACUCCUUCUCCCCGACGGAUUCAAUAUCACCGUCGAUGUGCCUGAACUCUGCCUUUUGGAGGCGCAGCUCACCCCAACCUUGCUACCUUGGCGAAGCCCAGCUAUGGUCGCUGGAUAGGAUCGCUCAAUGGAACGGUUAA